AUGUCUAUCGGCCCGUUUGCAACAGAGCAAGAUUUCGUGGCUCACUUCUUUGAGGGAUUUGUAAAACAGUCCUCUGUUGCCUGUUUCGCGGUGAUUGACAAGAAAAGACCCCCAUCCGCUGCAGAUCCAGAAGGCGAAGUCGCCGGCAUGGUCUCAUAUAUGGCCGCCUCUGCCGCUCACUUGUCCGCCGAGGUGGGCUACAUCAUCAUCCUGCCGCCAUAUCAACGGACGCAUGUCACGACUCACGCCGUUGGACUACUGCUCCAUUAUGCCCUCGAUAGCCCCGAGCGGGGUGGCUUAGGCCUCCGUCGGAUUCAGUGGUUGGCCGAUCCGCCCAACAAGGCGUCGCUGGCGGCGGCGCAGCGGAUGGGAUUCCAGUUCGAGGGUAUUUUGCGGUGGAACCGAGUUGUUCAUAACGCAGAUGCUCGGGGGAAGGCACAUAAUGGGCGGGAUACGCCAGCGUAUGGCGAGCAGAAGGACGGCGGGCGAGACACAGCGUACCUGUCUCUAUGCUGGGAUGACUGGCUUGGGGGCAAACGGGAAACUGUCGAUGCCCUUCUUUCAAGAUAG